AAGUUCUUUGUUACGAGAGGGUGUGUCUUGCGCUGAGAAUCUAGCUUGAAAUUUGUCCUCCUGAACCUUGUACGCGCUGAAGUCAGACUCACUUGUAUUGGCUCUGUUUGCGCUCUUCUUUUUAUCUCCCGCUUGCCUUUCGGGUGGCGCAAUUACUUUGGUCUUUAAGCUCGAGUUAUCCUUCACUAUGUGCAUCGCUUUCAAGCCGAAGCGACACUGAAUUGGAGCGUCAUCAAGACUCACCCUGGUCGAUGUCCGUUGCUACGCAAAAUCUGUGACAGUGAAUUGCGCUAUUUGACGCAUUUGCACCCAGUAAAGCUUCCCUUGUCUGUGGGUUGUAACUCGUAAUAUCUCUGUAUCACAGUUGCAAUGUUAAGAAGUUUGUUCCAAGGUGGUUGACUUGUUGGAUUGAUUGUAUUAUACCUCGAGAUCUGUGACUGGUAGAAGUGAAUCCCGAUCUUGUGCCGGUUGGGAUUGGGCAUGAGAGGAUUACUUAGCGUUUUAGGACUGUGUUCUUUAAGAUAGAACAACCUUUGAUCUGCGUCGGACCUAAAUUGCACAGGGCUUCUGUGUGAAGUUUCGCAUUCGCAUCAUUUUUUAUUUUUAUUUAUUUUUCUUUUUCGUAACCAUUGGCUCAUACCUCAUCUGGGAUUUGUCUGAAGAGAUUGUUUCGUGACACAUCUGGGUACUGCAAUGCGCAGGCCAUAUCGCCUGCCCACAUCAUGAUUACCUCUGUUGCAAUUCACUCGUCUUCCGCUUGUCCUCGGUACGCCUGGUUCCCCCGUGCAAUCUAAGGCUGCACAUGAAUUGCCGUAGCAUCGCUGGCCAUGCUACAGAAACCCUAAUACUUCUACUACUGUAGGAAUCAACUUACAAUAUAUGCUCAAGCUCCAAUCAAGCUAAUCUCAGAGCUCAUGCUACCCUAAUCACUCCUUGGUCUCACCACCUUGUGCAGCCAGUGACCAGUGUGCGCUGCGCUAUAGCUACAACCGAGCACUGCAUCAGGUUUCUGCCGAAUUAGUGUUCUACAUCCCACACUUCACAGGGAUACGUUUCUUUAAAAGCCUUGAGGAGUGAUUGGUGAGCUCAUAGACGCCGGAGACGGAGGUGAUAGUGGUAUGUGGUCAUGUUCUCAUGGCGUCUUUUGCGGUACAAAUUAGCUUUAGCUGGGAAUCUUUGGGGUAAUAGUGCAGCGGGCAAAAAUAGCAACGGGUUGAGUCGUUCAUCAAUUGGAACUUCUCUGUGCUCUCAACAUAGUUGACUCCAUCUCAACUGUCUGCGAGGUUGCUGCUAUUCUGUGUUUUGCUUUAUUUUUAUUUUUGGUUUUGUAGUGAACCUUGGGUGGAAAGUUACUUCCUUGUGGGUAGAGUGGGUUGUCUUGUCUAUGGAAUGGGAUUGUGGGUUGGAACUUGUGUGGAGAGGUGAGAACGUUGUUAGUAUGUCAUGGCGAGAGUCUUGUAACGGAAGAAGUGGAGGAGGCGACAAGAAGACCAGGAUUUUUAGUUGGACGUGGUCGGAUUCUUAAAAUGUGUCAACUCAUGAAUGAAAUCCAGAGAGGAAGGAGUGGAGGACUAGCUGGCCGCAAGAAUGAGGAUUAGAAGCAUCAGGCUGUACAGCGCAAGUUGUGAGUUGCUGUGAUCUAUGCUGUGGUCCUUCCGACUUGCUUGGAUUUCGCGGAUUCCCGCCGAUUUCUACUGCUUGUCUGCAGCAUGUUCCAUCUCAGAACUUGUUUGAGUGUCAUGGAAUUUGUUGAGAAUCCGUUGACUAUGAUCGGCACGAAGGAUAAUAUUCAGCCAGUGAUUAUUGGUUUGUUGGAUCGAAGUUGGAGCAAGAUUGGUUGUGUGGGCAAUUAGUUUUCGGAUCAGGGGAGGAGGGUUAAAUACGGAGAUAAUGUCAGACUUGUUUGAUGCAAGUCAAUGUGUAAUGAUCUCACUAAAGCAACCGGGUAUCCUCGUUCUCUUGGGAUACCCCCAGUCUGGCUAAAGAAUUCUAGUUUGAAAUGCAUGCUACCGUCGUUUAAGAAGAGCCUUUGUUGUAAUCAAACAAAAUGGGCUGUUGAACACCUUCAGGGGAUCAAAAACGGUAAUCCCAGACUUAUGCGCAUUGCCCCGACAUUGUUAUGCAUCAUUUUUUCAUACAGACGAAGCUGCAGGCCCAAGCUGGGGAGACAGGCAAGGUGGUGAUCGUCACGGGUGGUGCAAGUGGCAUAGGGGAAGCGACGGCCCGCCUAUUCGCCAAAAAUGGCGCCUACGUCGUCAUUGCGGAUAUCAACACUAAGGGAGGCAGCCAGCUCUCCUCAGAACUCGGUUCACAAGCCAAGUUCGUGCACUGUGAUGUUAAGAAAGAACAAGAUGUUGCAGCAGUGGUGGAUGAAGCCAUGAGCUGGAAGGGGAAGCUUGACGUCUACUUCAGCAACGCAGGAUUCGUUGGGGCAUUGGGAUCCAUUGAAGAGCUCAAUCUAGACGAUUUCGACGAAACCUUGGCGGUCAACUUGCGAGGCGCAGUUGUGGGCAUAAAACACGCCACUCGGGCGAUGAAAUCCGUCAAAAGCGGCGCUAUAGUUUGCACGGGCAGCACCGCGAGCCAAAUGGCUGGGUUAGGCCCCCACACAUACUGUGCCAGCAAGACGGCGCUGAAAGGGCUGGUCAGAUCUACUGCUUUAGAGCUUCGAAGCUACGGCAUUCGUGUCAACAUGGUCUCUCCCGACGCCACCGCUACACCCAUGUUCCAGCGCGUGAUGGAAGACUCCACUGGUAAGCCCCACACCUUGGAGCAAAUCAAGGAGAGGAUGGCGAAGAAAGCUCUGCUGCCGAACAGGCCCUUGACGCCCCUGGAUGUGGCAAAUGCUGUGUUGUUUCUAUGCAGCGAUGAAGCUGGGUAUAUUAGUGGACACAAUCUUCUGCUUGAUGCAGCUCGGACUGUAGGCUUGCCUGUUCCGGCUGGAUUCAGUCACUGGUUUGAGGGGUACUCUCCCAUACUCAAGUAAUUCAUUCCAUGGACCUGUGAUGAAAAAUAUGAACAAUUUCACAGAGGCAGACUACCAAUCGAGGUUGCUCGGAAGGCUAGCUGUAGAACAUUUCCUGUGAUCGACUUAAUGGACGUUCGAGAUUCGAGCGAUUUUGCCUGGUUUUCGUAUGCUAGUUGGAUGAAUUGAUAGACGCUAACGUGGUAGCAGAUGCUUGUGUGGAUCUUCAUGUGUACAUUUUCCAAAGAAUGUAAUCUUUUGAAGAAUAAGAGGAAAUUUCAUAUUUUGACACUU